AUGACGUGGCGCGAGGAGCUACGUAGUCGGCAGUUCUGGAAUGCCAUGAUAGCAGAGCUGCUGGGCACCCUUCUGCUGGUGAGCGCCGUGCUGGGUGCCUCUGUUCCGGGCCCCGGGGAGGCCUCUGUGGGACCCAUGUACCCAGCGGUGGCAGUGGGUGUGACAGUCGUUGCACUGUGUCACUGUUUUGGAGAUAUAAGUGGAACACAGGUGAACCCCGCUCUGACUCUGUCUCUGUUGGCCACACGGAGGCUGGAUGUUCUCAGGGCCUCUGUCUACAUCACUGCUCAGUGUUUAGGGGCCUGUUUAGGAGCCUGGGCCCUCUACUUGGCCCUGCCCCUCAAAUCCACUGCAGACCACUUUGUGAACAAGGUGCCCAUUGAGCUGAAUGCAGUCCAGGCUCUCGGUAUUGAGGUUUUGUGCACCUUCCAGCUGGUCUUCACUGUUUUCUCAGUGGAGGACCAGCGACGGAGGGACAGCCUAGAACCAGGAAACCUCGCCAUUGGACUUGCCCACACUGCCGGAGUCCUGCUAGGGGGGCGUUUUUCUGGAGCCAGCAUGAAUCCAGCUCGCUCUCUGGGUCCCGCCAUCGUCACCGGCUUCUGGGAGAACCACUGGGUGUACUGGAUCGGACCGAUACUCGGUGCUUUACUGGCUGGAGUGUCCCGUGAGUUCAUCUUUGCCCGCAGCGCCUCUCGACAGAAACUGGUGGCCUGUUUGACCUGUAAGGACAUCGAUAUUGUUGAGGCAGCCAGCAUGACUGGAUCAUCGCUGUCCACAGUCACACAGAACGCCAUAAGAGCCAAGCAGGGCAACAAGCAAGAGAGCAACUGAGUGGACAUGCAUGAACAGAUGCAGAGUAACACACAGUGUCUGUAAAAAGGGGGAAGCUGUGUUACAAUUUCAAUUCUUGACCAAGCAUUGUAAUGGGGCAUGUGAAAGAUAUGCCACAUAAUGAGGGAAAAAGGGUAUCAGCAUUAUUAUAGAAAGGCUGUUACACUACAAGAGGAAGUAACACUGAAAACAUGGGA